UAUUGUCUUCAUUCGUCUUACAUUGAGCGUAAACUUGAAACUAUGCAUUGGCCAGCAAAUUGUUUAUUGUUGUUAGUUAUAAUAAAGUUAAGCUAUCAGCAAAGAUGCCCAUUCUCUGGAGGGGAACUGCAUGCGUUGGCAACAAAUGCUAUCAGUGAAGAUGAAGCUGGCGGCGAACUCAGACCAUACCUAGACAAAUUGGAAAAUAGCCGAAAUUUGAUAAAGCCAAAGCCAGGGGAAGAUCUCUUUCACACACAAAACUUACUGCCUGAAAAUGGCCAAAAUUAUAGACCAUCUGACGAUAAUCGAUACGAUGAGUUGACUCUUAACAGUUUCAUUCAGAGAAGUGUAAGAUUGGAAUGUGCUUUUCCACCGAAGACAUGUGCAAAUGAAACCCUGGCCUAUCGGAGCUUCGAUGGUUCAUGUAAUAAUCUGGCUUAUCCGGGCUAUGGUAUGGCAAAUUCGAGAUAUUCCAGAAUUUUAAAUCCGAAAUACAGUGAUGGCAAAUACCUACCUCCUAAAUCAUCAUCUGGCGAAGCACUGCCAAACGCUCACCUUCUAUCGUUAUCUCUUUAUGGUGAUGAAACCUAUUUGGAUAGCUUCCGAACAGUGCUAACAAUGCAGUGGGGUCAAUUUGUGGCCCACGACAUAAGUGAUUUUAUGAGUCACGCACGUUUGGGUGACUGCUGCGAAAAUCCCAACCACAAGCUUUGCUAUUCCAUACCAUUACAUGCCCAGGGUCCCAUUACAUUGUCAACGGGUAAGACCUGCAUGAGCUUUGCACGUGGCUUAAGUGAUGCCGAUAUUUCCUGUCCCAAAAGUGAUUUGCCAUAUGCCGAAAAAAUCUCAAAAACUACACCAUACAUGGAUUUAUCAUCUCUGUACGGCAAUUCUCUGGAGUACAGUCUAAAAACUCGCACAUAUCAAGGGGGACUGUUGAAAACAGUUUGGUACAAUCAUCAGCAAUUCUUACCCAUAACACCCAAUGUUAAUGGGGAAUGUCGGUCGAAGGUUGACCAUUGCUAUGACAUUCCCGACAAACGGAAUCAGUUUACACCCACUAUUGCCGUCAUUCACACCAUUUUGGUGAGAGAACACAAUCGCCUGGCUACCGAAUUGGCCCAGUUAAAUCCUCUAUAUACGGACGAGAAACUCUUUCAACUCGCACGAAAAAUCAAUAUAGCCCAGUACCAGAAAAUUUCCUAUUACGACUGGUUGCCUCUGCUUUUGGGUGGCAUGCACAGCUAUUCAAGCGGUUUAAUCUAUGAUGUUGAGCCUCGUGAUCAUGUGAAUGACUAUGACGAAAGCUCUGACCCUGCAGCACUUGCAGAAAAUGCAGGAGCUGCCUUCCGAUAUGCGCACAAUCAAAUUCCGGGAUGGUUUUCGUUAGUUUCAUCCGACCGCUUACAUAACAAGACGCUGCGGUUGAGCAAUUAUUUCCAGCGCCAAGGCAUACUGGAUAUGGUGCAGAUGGACGGCAAUUUUGAUGCUUUGGUAAGAGGUUUAAUAACCCAGCUGCAAAAACGAGCCGAUGAUAAUAUGGAUAAGGAGAUAAAAUAUUAUUUAGGUCGAAAUGUUUUGCAUGAGUUUGGCAUGGAUCUGAAGGCUAUAGAUAUUCAGCGUGGUCGAGAUUUCGGUCUGGCCAGUUACAAUGAUUAUAGGGAAUAUUGUGGUUUACCUAGGGCAUACAAAUGGUCCGACUUUGCAACUGAAAUUUCCCAAGAGAAAAUUUCUUUAAUGCAAAAAUUCUAUGCUUCGCCAGAUGAUGUGGACUUAAACGUUGGUGGUUCCUUGGAGGGACAUAGCCCCGAAGCUAUAUUUGGACCAACCUUUCAAUGUAUUAUGACGAGCCAAUUUCUGACGACCCGUGUAUCCGAUCGUUUCUUUUUUGAGCAUGAUGAUGCGCAUAGUGGUUUCACACCUGAACAAUUGGCUGAAAUUAGGAAAGUAACUUUAGCUGGAUUAUUUUGUGCCAAUACUAUCAACUUAAAGUGUAUACAAUCGAAUGUGUUUGUUUUCCCCGAUGAUGAAAAUGUUUUGGUGCCUUGCAAAUCUAUACCACAGUUGAACCUGAAACUGUGGCAAAAUCGUAAGGGAUAUUAAGUCGAA